AUGUCAAACGAUGAAAUACAGAUCCCCGUUGUUUCGAUAGUCCCUGGUAUCGGUGAUGCCGUUCGCAACAAACUUUCGUCAAUGACGGCUUCAUUCCCUGCAGCUAAACUAUACCAGUGUUCGAAGCUCAAGAUCGUCGACAUACCUACGCCUUUUGUUUGUCCUUUGAAUGCUAACAAGGAUAAGAGUAUUGCUAUGACAACCCCCGAAUGGAAGCUCGACCUCAAGCAGCAGCAAAUCUUAGAACACGCCGAGAUACUCUUGAUGGACGCUCACUUGGCUGCACCAAUGUUACUUGCACCCAAGACAAACCUUCCAGCUGACUUGCAGCACCUAUUGAAGAAGGUAAAGUGGGUGCAGGGAACCUACACUGGAGUGGACUCGUAUCUUCAGUACCCCAACACCCCGGUAGACCCCAGCUUUACGGUCUCACGUGCAGGUGGAACCAUGUCAAAAGCUUUGGCUCAAUUCGUUUUCGGACACGUGAUUGCGAUUGAGCGUAAGCUCAGUGAGGCGAAACAGUAUCAGGAGAAGCGCGUGUUUGCUCGAUGGGACCUCACGUACCGUUCGUAUCGACAAGUGACGAUCGGUAUCCUCGGUCUCGGUGAAGUUGGUCAGGAGAUUGGACGCAUGUUCAAGACGUCCGGGUUCCAGGUGGUAGGUCUUAAGCGUCGUGUAAGCAAAGGAGAUAGGAAAGCGCUGCUUUUGAGUGCUGACUGCGUGUCAACUAACUUGAACGAGGUGCUCGAACAAAGCGACUACGUGGUGAAUGUGUUACCCAGCACAAGGACGACUCGCUACUUGUUGACCGAGAAAACGCUUGAGCUUUGCCGUAAGAAACAACCGGUAUUCAUCAACGUCGGUCGUGGCGACAUUAUUGCAGAGAGAACGAUCAUUGCCGCUAUCGACAAGGGUCUGCUAUCGAAAGCUGUGCUGGAUGUCUUUGAACAGGAACCCUUGCCAAAGGAGAGUCUGUUGUGGUCACAUCCGAAGGUGAUUGUAACACCGCAUAUUGCUGGCGCUGUUUUCCCGGAUGACGUUGCGGAUGUGUUUGUGAGAAACCUCGACCGCUACAUUGAAGGAGAACCGGUCUUGUAUCGAAUGGACUGGUCGAAAGGCUACUAG